AUGAGUGUCCGUAAAGAGGUUCUUGGACUCUAUAGGCGGAUUCUCCGUUUAUCCAGAACCUGGCAGUCAGCUUCAGGGCAGGCUAAUGACACAAGAACAGAAAAACGAUACAUAACGGAGGAAGCAAAGAUGCUGUUCAGGAAAAAUCAAAAUAUUACAGAUGAGAAUGAAAUAAGAGAGCACAUCAAAGAGGCUCAUACACGGAUAGAACUGGCCUUGCAUUACAAGACACCAUAUCCUAGGCAUGUCAAUAUCCCACAGAACGUUCUGGCACCAUUAAGCUCCAAAGUGCAGAAAGCCCAAAAGAGAAAGAUAAAAGAAUCCAUACCCGUUUACUGGAAAUCAUAUGAUGACAAGUGAAAUGUACUCUGACUGUGACAAAUACUUGUACUCUUAAAUAGAUCUUAGGCAACCAAGUGGUUGUUUUUUUUAACUUGAAUUGUAAAAUAAACACAAGCAAUGUA